AUGCCCCGAGUUUCUAUCCUUUGCCACGGACAAUAUAUCUCAGAAACCACCGAGAAGAUGGCUGAUCACUUUGCCCCUGCCGUUGACCCGAUGCAUGGGAAGUCGGCAGAAGAGCGCAAUGCUUUUCUGGCUAUGCUAAAGAAGGGCAAUGAAUCACAUCGAGAGAUUACGGACAAAUAUGUCGGCUUCUGGGAUGAAAAGGAGCGCGGGGAGAGAAAGGAUAAUUACAUGUCACUAGUGAACAGCUACUAUGACCUCGCAACUGAUUUUUACGAAGAAGCAUGGGCGCAAUCUUUUCAUUUCUGCCGCUUUGGUAUUCAUGAGCCCUUCCUCCAGGCUCUGGCAAGACACGAACACUAUCUUGCGUUUCGAAUGGGCAUUCAACGAGGCAUGAAGGUCCUUGAUGUCGGAUGUGGAGUUGGUGGCCCGGCAAGGGAGAUAUCUACCUUCACCGGCUGCAAGGUUGUUGGUGUGAACAACAACGGUUAUCAGAUCCAACGGGCUACGGCACAUGCAAAGAAGGAAAGCCGGAGCGAAGACGUCUCCUUUGUCAAAAGUGACUUCAUGGAGAUGAAUUUUCCAGACGACUCCUUUGACGCCGUGUACGUCAUUGAGGCAACAGUUCAUGCGCCAUCUCUGCAAGGGGUAUAUGAGCAAAUCUACCGCGUUCUAAAGCCCGGUGGAACAUUUGGCGUGUACGAAUGGGUAAUGACGGACAAGUACGACGAUUCAGAUCCAUCGCACCGUGCCAUAAAAUUAGGAAUUGAGCGCGGAAACGGAAUCGCUACCAUGAUGCCUCGUAAGCAUGCAAUGGAGGCUAUACAGGCGGCUGGAUUCGUUCUCGAACAUGAGGAGGAUAUGGCUGACAAAGGGGACAUAAUCCCCUGGUACGCACCACUUGCAGGAGAGCUCCAGGCCCGCAGCUUGUGGGAUCUAUUCAGUGCUCUUCGAGUGACCAAAUUCGGUCGAGCGUCUGUCAGUACCCUGCUAAAAGUCCUCGAAGCUGCCAAGCUUGCGCCAUCAGGUACUGCACAGACAGCCGACGAGCUGUCAUUGGGUGCAGACAACCUUGUUGCCGGUGGCAGGGCUGGGCUUUUUACACCAAUGUAUCUUAUGAUUGCAAAGAAACCGGCAGCCCCAUCAUCCUAG